AUGUCCAAAUGCUCCUUUGCAGUGGAAACAAUAAAUUACCUGGGGCAUAUAAUCUCAGCCGGAGGAGUGCAAGCGGAGCCAGACAAGAUAUCAGCAAUUCAGCAAUGGCCAACACCAACAAAUCUGACUAACUUGCGUGGUUUUUUAGGUCUUACAGGAUACUACAGGCGCUUUGUUCCACAAUAUGCAACCAUAGCUGCAGGUCUCACAGAUAUUCUCCGGAAAAGUACGUUUGCAUGGACACCAGAAGCUGCACACUCUUUUGAACAGCUAAAAAUGCCAUGGCUAAGCUAA